GGUAGACACGGAACCAGGACACGUGAGUUUGCGCUAUGCCGGAGAUCAUCGACGACAAGUCAGAGCACUGCAUACCUUUCAUCCUCGAGCGGCUCAAGUCGCACAAGGAAGAGUAUGAGCAGGAGGGCGAACAACCCCCACCUUUCUUCCUGGGCUUGAAUGGUGUGCAAGGUGCAGGCAAGACUACGUUGGUGGAAACCCUCCAUCACACUCUCUCACAACCUCCCCACAGUUUGCCCACGCUGGUGUUGUCUAUAGAUGAUCUGUACCUUCCUCACGAUCAACAACAAGCUCUUGCCAAAUCGCAUGCCGCAAACCCGCUCGUGCAGCACCGAGGCGUGCCUUCGACACACGAUGUCAAGACCGGUAUUGAGCUAUUCCAAGCACUGGCGAAACGUGAUUCCAACGUGAAGGUCCCAAGCUACGACAAGUCUCAAUUCAAUGGUGCAGGAGACCGCAGGCCCGAAUCAGAUUGGCAUACUGUGAACGCGACGAGUCAGAGCCCAGUAGAAGUAGUUGUGUUCGAAGGCUGGUGUGUCGGCUUCCGCGCGCUCAGCGAUGAAGAAGUGCAGCGAAAGUGGGAAGCGGCGAGACAAGAAGCAGAGAGCGGGAACUACACUGGGCGGCUAGGGAAGCUGAAGCUAGAGGACGUGCUAUUCGUCAACAGCAAGCUCCGCGAGUACGACGCUCUAACAGACAAAUUUGGCGCUUUCAUCCACAUUGACGCCGAAGAUUCGCUAUAUGUUUACGACUGGCGAGAGCAGCAAGAGGCUGCGAUGAGAUCCUCAAAAGGAACCGGCAUGUCGAAGGAGCAAGUCAUCAAGUUUGUCGAUGGUUAUUAUCCGUGCUAUGAGCUGUAUACGGAUGUAUUGCGGAACGGUAUUUUUGGAGGCGAAAAGGGCAAGCAGCUGAGAUUAGUUGUUGGAAAGGACAGGAAAGUCGUGCAGGUGCACAAGAUAUAGCCACGUGUUACCUGUUGUCAGACCUAUAGAGUGGUGUACAG